AUGCCGCAAAAAAAGAAAAGUAGUCUUUCUCAAUACACUAGAAGGGCUAAAAGGAUGAGACAAGUUCGAUCGCAAGAGACAAAUGAGGACCGUGAGCACCGUUUAGCUUACAAUAGAGAACAAACUGCGGAAUCUCGGGCAUCAGAGUCCAGUUUUAAUAAUGAAACGCGCUUAGCUACAGAUCGCGAACGUCACGCGUUAUCUCGCGCUUCGGAAACAUUAACAAAUUACUCUCAGCGUUUAAAAGUAGACCGUGAACGUCAUAUCGAGUCUCGAGCUUUAGAGACGUUUACGGAGCAUUCAGAAAGGUUGACUGCAGACCGUGAACGUCAUGCUGAAAGUCGCGCUUCAGAAACGUUUACGCAAUAUUCAGACCGCUUGACAGCAGACCGUGAGCGUCAUGCUGAGUUUCGCGCUUCGGAAACAUUUACGGAGUGUUCAGAACGGUUGACUGCAGACCGUGAACGUCAUGCUGAGUCUCGUGCUUCAGAAACGUUUACUCAAUAUUCGGAACGCUUGACUGCAGACCGUGAGCGUCAUGCUGAGUCUCGCGCUUCGGAAACGUUUACUCAAUAUUCGGAACGCUUGACUGCAGAUCGGGAGCGUCAUGUCGAGUCUCGCGCUUCGGAAACAUUUACGGAGUGUUCAGAACGGUUGACUGCAGACCGUGAAAGUCAUGCUGAGUCUCGCGCUUCAGAAACGCUAACUCAAUAUUCGGAACGCUUGACCGCAGACCGGGAACGUCAUGCAAGAUCACGUGCUUCGGAAUCAUUUACUCAAUAUGAAGCGAGGUUAGCAGCAGAUAGGGAGAGCCGUUCGGGAAAGAGUGCAAGCAAUUAG